GAAGCCUGGGCAACUCCAUAUUGACGGAAGUAAGGCGCAACCAUCGAUGGACGUAUCGCCCGUGGUUGGUCUUGCUUUAUUCGCCAUUUUCAAUUGUUAGCAACAUUUUUUUUGGGGGGGGGGUUGGGGGGGUGUCUUUUAUCACCAUGUGGGACUACGAGAUCCGAGCCAUGGUGAGCACCCACGCCACCAUCGCCCUCUCGGUGCUCGUGGCUACCGUCGUGCCCGCGGCGAUCGUCCCGGGCUUUUCCGUGUACGGCACCCACCUGCUGUGGAUCUACUCGGUUUCCGGGGCAGUGGCCGCGGUCAGCGUCGCCUUCUUCUGGCUGCUCGGCAUCUCGCCGCCGACCAGGAAGCACACGAUUGGGUACAAGUUGUCCAGGUUGAUUCGUUCCUGCUUGUACUUCUCCCUGUCCUGCUUGUUCUUCCACACCGUGAUCGUCCUCUACGGAGCUCCGCUGAUCGACUCGGCUCUAGAAACCUUCUCCCUGGCCGUGCUGCUGUCCUCGCUCACCACGCUCCGGUGUCUCUGCAUCCUCGGCCCAAACUUCCAGGCCUGGGUCCGGGUCUUCAGUCGUCACGGAGCGAUGUCCGUGUGGGACACCUGCCUCCAGAUCACGGUGGCCAUGACGGUGUUGGGCGCCUGGGUGGGAGCCUUCGCGAUCCCUCUGGACUGGGGCAGGGCGUGGCAGGUUUGGCCCAUAUCCUGCAGCCUGGGCGCCACGUUGGGCUACUUGUCAGGACUGGUGGCGGCGCCGGCGUGGAUUCACUACCAUCGCAAGCAGCUCACCUACAAGUGUAAAUAAUGGACCGCCGCCGUAUUCCUUUCACUGUUCCCUGUUAUUUAUCCGGAUUCCAGACCCAAGGAUGUCGCUAGUUGUGAUGUCGGCUACCUUAUUUUGUACUGUCCCUUUGACAUGAAUAAAAAGUCUUGCUUUA